AUGAAUGAAGUAUUUGACUUUUUAUCAAAACAUGUUUUGAGGUUAAAUCCUUCACCAACUUCUGCAUAUCAUAAAGGCAACUCAGAGGAACAUGAUACUGCUAGCAUGACUAUUCUUGAUGGAAGUACUAACAAGGUAACUGCUACUAAUAACGGGCAUAAAUCAUAUUUAAAAACAGAUUACCAUAUCCACGAGUGUAUCAUAUUUUUAAUUCAAGGUUCCUCAUCAAUGUUUACAACUUUUAUAGAUGGUGUGGGAAACAAGCAAACACCUUUUCUAUCCAUUUUAAAUACACUCAAUUCACUUAUGAAACAACUAAUCAUCACUUUACCAAGCGCAACUAUAGGUUGCUAUCUGACCAACUGUACAGAACACAGUGAUAGCAACACUGAUAAUGAACAUGAAACCUCAUCAACGAUUACUGAUCUUAUUCCAAUUGGAGAUUUAGAUAUUCAAGCCAUGAAAAAAUUAAAUGACUUAAUUCAAAAUAUCAAAUCUAACAGAGUUAAUCUUUUUGAAAGGUUUGUUAUUGAUAAAAACGAAUGUCCACUAGAACAAGCGUUCUCAUAUAUUUUACCUAAGUUCACAUCUUUACCGGAGAAUGAACCACAGCCAUACAACAAAAAAAAAUUAUUUUUUUUCACUGAUAUUGACAAACCUUUAAGUACCUCUAAGGAAAAAUUGAGUAAUACACUAGAAGAAUUUAAAGAAAAUCAAAUUGAGAUUAUCCCAUUUUUUAUUUCACAUGAUAAUAACAACAAUAACCAUUAUUUUGAUCCCUCAAAGUUUUAUUUUGACAUAUUGCACAAAUUUUUUAAUGUCGAUGACUCAUUGGUAGGUAUCUCUCCUGAGGCUAUCAAGAAUGAAGUAAUGCAGCGUAAAGAAGUUGAAAGAAUUAAAUUUUCUUGUCCCUUGGAACUAGAUGUCCACAUAUCGGUUGGCAUUAAGGGUCUUAUAUAUUUUACCCAUGAAUAUUAUGGGACAAAGUAUAAAUAUGUGCAUAGAACUGGUCAUAAAGAGGUUCAUUCUAAAAGAAUAUACUUAGAUCCUGAUACAGAGGAAGAAAUUACAGAUAAAAUAGAACAAGUUUAUCCUCUACCCAAUGGAGUUGACUAUGCAAAGCUUGAUUCUGACUAUAUUCAACAACCGGAUAUUAAAGGUUUAAAAAUACUAUCAUUUUACGAUAUAGAUGAUUUACUGGUUUACCAUAACAAUAUAGACAACAGUAGUUUUAUAAUCCCAAAUGAUGAAACUUAUAAAAAUUCCUCAGUUGCAUUAGGGUCUCUGUAUAGGAUAAUGGAAAAACUACAAAAGUGUGCUAUAGUUUAUGGAAAGUUAAAACGCAACUCUAAUGUGGAAUUUUUCAUAAUGACUACCAAAAAUGCUGAAGAAUGCGGAUUUUAUUUGAAUAGAUUACCUUAUAGGGACGAAAUUAGACUUUUGCCCCCUACCAACGUCGAUUCUGUGGAUCAUACAUCUAAUGAUUACCAAGAAUUACUUCUUGUUACAAAAAAAAUUCUAGAGAAUUUCAACUUGGAGAAAAAAUAUGAACCAACAUAUUUUAGCAAUCCUAAAAUACAAAAACAUUAUAAAGUUUUGCACGAUUUUUUAUUACAGGUUGAAUACGAGGAUCCAAAUAUUAGUUUUGAUCGCGAUGAUACAGUUGAUGAAAUAGAAAGGAUUAACUAUAGAAUAAGUAAUAAUACGAUAUUGCAAGGAUAUAUUGAAAAAUGGUAUGAAAUAUAUAAUAGAAAUGGAAGUAACGUACCAAUAAAAGGACAGAAAACAAAUUUUACAAAAUAA